GUGAAAGGAACGAAAGGAAGGUUUCACGCGUUCCACGGUUGUAAGGCAUCGAGACGAAAGGAUCUAGCGAGUGAAGUGAGGGACACUUGUAAGGAAAAACAGGAAAGGACGUUGCGGUAUAACGCAGCGAUAUCCCCAGCUGCUUGGGGAAACUGCCAACGUCACAAAUCAAAGUCUACUGUUCUCUGUAAACGACCAGCUCUUCUACCAUCGCAAGAUGGAGCAUCAUCGGAUGAUGGAUCACGAGCAUCCUACCACACCUCACCAUCCUACCUCAGAGGACCACAGUGGGCAUGAAGAUAUGGAAAUGGAUGAGUGUAGCUCAAUGGACCAGCAUGGCGGACAUGGGAUGAUGAUGACAUUCCAUACUGGAUACUGUGAGACAGUGCUGUUUGAGAGCUGGAAGGUGAGCAGUGUAGGUGGGCUGGUGGGCUCCAUGAUUGGCAUUUUCAUCAUGGCAGCCCUGUAUGAGGGCCUCAAGUACUACAGGGAGUAUCUCUUGUGGAAGACAUACAACUCACUUCAGUACAGAGCUGUAGCGAUGCCUGCAGAGAAGGCGAUUGGGGCAGAGGACAGUCGGAUAGUACACAUGGUGGGAGAAGUGAUACACAAACAGCCGCCAACGAUGUUCAGCCGUAUGCAUGGCUUCCAAACAUUCCUACAAAUUGUUCAGACUGUGCUAAGCUACUUCCUCAUGCUCAUCUUCAUGACGUACAACGUGUGGCUCUGUGUUGCUGUUGUCAUUGGCACUGCCGUUGGGUACUUCCUGUUUGGAUGGAAGAAGUCCUGCAUCGUUGAUGUGACUGAGCACUGUCAUUGAAAAUGAGCUGCACGCACACAGGAGUUUUAUGCAGUGAUAAGGCAUUAUACUGGUGACACAAGUCUUGAUAUUGCCAGGUACAAUAUGUUUUAAUUUUCUAACAGACCAAGAGAUCAGCAUUCCAUUACCUUGUCUUAUGUAACAGAAGGUGUGUCACAACUAUUUUCCUCACCAAAUUCUGUUUUGGAGGUUAUGGUUUGACAGAGCUUCCAUUUACUCUGUUUUUAUUGUGCUCUGUUAUUCUGUCUAAUUUUAAAAGACUGUUUUAAAUUUUGUAAUAUUAUAUCGAAUAGUUGUGAACAUCUCUCAGAAAGACAACCAAGAUCUCACAGCUAAUACAGUAUUGCCUCCAUCUUUGUCUGUCUGAUCCCUGGUGCUGGACCAAACAUGUAACAGCAUAUGUACUACCUUCAAAUGCUGUACAAAGAUAAAGUGUUACAUUCAAUAUUAAAAAAAGAUGUAUUUUGGUAUGUCACCCCCA